AUGCGUCCUACUACUGUUGGGAUCCUCUCGAUAGGAGAUAUGGGGCUGGGGAUUGCCAAACUGUUGAAAGCUCAUGGCUACCGUGUAGUGACCGUCGGAACGGGGCGAAGUGAAAACACACUCGCGCGUAUUCGCUUAGCGGCCAUCGAGACCCUCCCGUCCGACCAAGAGCUCGUCGUGCAAGCGGACUAUAUCUUCUCUAUCGUGCCGCCGCGGGACGCACUUGCCACGGGACAACGCAUAGCGGAGGCAUGCAGGUUGCCGGAUACGGGAGCACUCCGAGCCGCCGUCGAGGACAGUGGUCCGCUCUACUUCCUUGAACUCAAUGCGACGUCCCCACGAUUGGUGGAGGAGAUCGCGGCGCUGUUUCGCGACGAGUCCGCCACGUCAGUGCAGUGCCACUGUCUGGACGGCGGGAUCAUAGGGGGCCCGCCGGCGCAGAAGAACUCACCGGACGGCCCGUGGACGAAACCCAGCGUCGUGCUUUCGGGCGCCGCGACGGAGUCCUUGCCCCCCACGUUUGCGAGCCUGGCCGACGUGGUGAACAUGAAGAUCGUCUCGCCGCGGAUUGGCGGGGCGUCGACGCUGAAACUCAGCUUCGCCAGCCUAACCAAGGGCCUAACGGCGCUGUCCAUCCUCUCGUUCUCCACCGCCCAGCAGGCAGAUUGUCUGCCGGAGUUACUCGACCAUCUCGAUCAGUAUUCGCCGAGGACAGCCGCGCUGGCCCGCAAUGGAGUGAUCGGCAUGAGCCCCAAAGCAUAUCGCUGGGUGGACGAAAUGAGCGGAAUCGGGGAGGCGUUCGAUACGAAUGGCCAUUGGGGCGGAACGGGGGCCCGGGUGUAUGGGGCCUUUGCAGAGAUAUAUCGGGCCAUCGCGGAGGAGACGGUCCUGGGCGAGGAACGGGUGGAACAUCGCACACGAGGCACGACCGUUGAAGAUGCCGCCCAGAUCAUUGCCCGAAUGCUAGAACCACGUAUGUCAUAA